GAGACCGGGAGAGCCUGGUAAAGUACCGCCCACUCCCUUCCGUGACUUCCCAUUUGCGGUCAACCGGCGCGCGUUGGUGACGUCACGGCGCCUGCUGCCCGGAAGUGCACGCGACGGCGCCGGAGCCCUGGGGACGAUGCGAGGUGGUGACUUUCUCCCCAGAUGCUGAGGUGCCUGGAUCCCUGGCGCAGGCAGUUACUGAGCUGCAGCAGGAGUAGACUGUGCCUUCUGAAGCACUCUAUGUUUACAAUGAAGUUGCAGUCUCCAGAAUUCCAGUCACUUUUCACAGAAGGAUUGAAGAGUCUGACAGAAUUAUUUGUCAAGGAAAAUCAUGAGUUGCGAAUCGCGGGAGGAGCCGUGAGGGAUCUGCUGAGUGGGGUGAAGCCACAGGAUGUGGACUUUGCCACCACGGCCACCCCAGCUCAGAUGAAGGAGCUGUUCCAGUCGGUCGGCAUCCGCAUGAUCAACAACAAAGGAGAAAAGCACGGGACCAUCACUGCCAGGCUUCAUGAAGAAAAUUUUGAAAUUACUACACUGAGGAUUGAUGUAGCCACUGACGGAAGACACGCCGAGGUUGAAUUCACAACCGACUGGCAGAAGGAUGCUGAGCGCAGAGAUCUCACCAUAAAUUCCAUGUUUUUAGGUUUUGAUGGUACUUUAUUUGACUACUUUAAUGGUUAUGAAGAUUUAAAAAAUAAGAAAGUUAGAUUUGUUGGACAAGCUAAACAGAGGAUACAAGAAGAUUAUCUUCGAAUUUUAAGGUAUUUCAGGUUUUACGGGAAAAUUGUUGACACACCUGGUGACCAUGAUCCUGAGACUUUGGAAGCAAUUGCAGAAAAUGCAAAAGGCUUGGCAGGAGUAUCAGGAGAGCGGAUCUGGGUGGAACUGAAAAAAAUACUUACUGGUAACCACGUGAACCAUCUGAUUCAUCUCAUCUAUGAACUCGAUGUGGCUCCUUACAUAGGCUUACCUGCUAAUGCAAGUUUAGAAGAAUUUAACAAAGUCAGUAAAAAUGUGGAAGGUUUCUCACCAAAGCCAAUGACUCUCUUGACCUCACUGUUCAAAGUACAGGAUGAUGUCACGAAAUUGGAUCUGAGGUUGAAGAUUUCAAAAGAAGAGAAGAAUCUUGGUUUAUUUAUUGUUAAAAAUAGGAAAGAUUUAAUUAAGGCAGUAGAUAGUUCAGAACCACUGAAACCCUAUCAAGACUUCAUCAUAGACUCUAGAGAAGCUGAUGCGACUGCUCGUGUGUGUGAGCUUCUCAAGUACCAAGGCGAGCAUGGUCUUCUGAAGCAGAUGCAGCAGUGGUCCAUUCCCCCGUUUCCUGUAAGUGGCCAUGACAUCAGGAAAGUGGGCAUUUCUUCCGGAAAAGAAAUUGGGGUGCUCUUACAGCAGUUGCGAGAACAGUGGAAGAAAAGUGGUUACCAACUGGAAAAAGAUGAACUACUGAGUUACAUAAAGAAGACCUAAAGUUGAUGAGAGCUGACUACUAAAAAGCAGAACAUUUUUGGUAAGACUAGUUUUCUUUCCCCUCCCUCUUAGAUUUAAGCGACUUGAAUAUAUAGCAGAAUGUAUUUCAGGCACUAAAGUCAAGUCUACUUCCUCUUAAUCUGAUUUGUUGUCACUGAAGCUUGUAAUUCUCUUGGAAUAGUUCCUACUGAGAAAAGCAGAGUUGGCGCCUCUCAAUCUGUCUAGGCUUUUUAAGGAGGAUUUUUGGUUGGUUUUGUUGCAUGUGGCAGUGCUGAGAUUGUUCCUAAGAAGUGCCAAGUGUCUUGAAAAACAUGUUUCUUUGUAUUUGCAAUUGAAAUAACUGGGUUAAUUUUGUACAACAAUUGUCUAUGGUGUCAGUUUUUUUCUGAAUUCCAGAAUAAACUUGUGUUUGAAUACA